UCGCACAGCCCCCCGCACCCGAUCCUCCCGUGACCAUGAUAGUCUUUGUCAGGUUCAACUCCUGCCAUGGCUUCCCUGUGGAGGUCGACUCCGACACCAGCAUCUUCGAGCUCAAGGAGGCGGUUGCUAAGCGACAGGGGGUUCCAGCCGACCAGUUACGUGUGAUUUUUGCAGGGAAGGAGCUUAGGAGUGAUUUGACACUGCAGAACUGCGACCUGGAGCAACAGAGUAUCGUCCAUGUGGUGCGGAGAAUAAAUGAUGGAGGUCAGAAAGUGGACGAGGCUACUCGUGCCAAGCUUGCCACCACUGUGGGUAGCUUGCGUAGAGAACCCAAGAGCCUGACCCGUGUGGACCUCAGUAGCACCCUCCUCCCAGGCAAUACUGUAGGACUGGCCGUCAUCCUGGACGAUACCAAUGAGAAUGCUGAUCAUUCAGGUGCAGCGGCUCAGUACAACAGCUUUUACGUUUAUUGCAAAGGCAUCUGCCAAGCAGUUAAACCAGGAAAACUCAGGGUCCGUUGCAGCACCUGUAAACAAGCCACGCUGACCUUGGCUCAGGAGCCUUCCUGCUGGGAAGAUGUCCUGACUCCAAAUAGGAUCAAAGGUGUUUGCCAGUCUCCAGGGUGCAGUGGAACUGUGGCGGACUUUUACUUUAAAUGUGGAGCACAUCCAACCUCUGACAAUGAAACAUCAGUGGCUCUGAACCUGAUUACUACAAACAGUCGCGGUAUCAGCUGCAUAACGUGUACAGACACCAGGAGUCCUGUGCUGGUUUUCCAGUGUAUGUACCAUCAUGUCAUUUGCCUGGACUGUUUCCACUUGUACUGCGUGACAAGACUGAAUGAUCACCAGUUUCUCCAUGACCCUGUGCUCGGCUAUUCUCUUCCCUGCGUGGGUAAGUCCACUGACCAAUUUGAAUUAUUCUCUCAGGAACUUGAGGCAAAGAAGCACUGA